UUCCCUGUACGGUGGGGAUUUUGGACGGGACUUGUUCCAAGUGUCCGGAGUGACUGAGACUCGGCACAGUAGGCUGGAAAUAUGCAGUAGCCGCCGCCUGUGAGCUUCUCUGGUCCCGAGGAAACACUGCCAACAUGGAACUGGAUGAGAAACCACACUAUGGUGAACCCAAGACCUAUGACCCCACCUUCAAAGGCCCCAUCCAGAAAAGGGGCUGCACUGACAUCGUUUGCUGCGUCCUCUUCAUGUUGGCCAUCGUGGGCUACAUAGCAGUGGGAAUACUUGCCUGGUCCCAGGGCGACCCCAGGAAGGUGAUCUACCCCACGGACAGUCGCGGUCAGUUCUGUGGUCAGGCUGGAACUCCUCUGGAACACAAACCUCUGCUGUUCUACUUCAACAUCAUGAAGUGUGCCAGUCCCAUGGUACUGUUGGAGUUCCAGUGUCCCACCACACAGAUGUGUGUGGAGAAGUGUCCUGACAAGUUCAUGACCUUAGUCAAGGCCUACACCAACAGACGGGACUUCGACGACUACAAGAACUUCUGCCAGCCUGGAGUGACCAACACCAUGGGAAUCCCAGAGAUCCUGAGGUUACGCCUGUGUCCCGCCAUGUUGACGCCCAGUAAACCCUUCACACGCAGGUGUUUCCCAGCGCUGGGGGAGAAAGGCGGAGUCAUCACCGUGGGAAACAACACCAACUUUGACGACGGAACCGGAAAAAUCCGAGACGCCAAAGACCUCAUGGACGGAGUCAAGAACGCCACCGUGGUCAUCGAGGCUCGUCAGGCCGUCAUGAAGAUCUUCGAGGACUACACCCAGUCCUGGUACUGGAUCCUGAUAGGGGUGGUCAUUGCGAUGGUCCUCAUCCUGCUGCGGUUCCUGGCCGGGAUCAUGGUGUGGGUCAUGAUAGCACUGGUCAUACUGGUCAUUGGAUAUGGAAUCUUCCACUGCUACAUGGAGUACGCCGGCCUGAAGGGGCAGGCUGGGUCCAACGUGACCCUCCAGGAGCUGGGCUUCCAGACGGACUUCACCGUCUACCUGCAGAUCAGACAGACCUGGCUGGCCUUCAUGAUCAUCCUGGCCAUCGUGGAGGUCGUCAUCAUCCUGCUGCUCAUCUUCCUCAGGAAGAGGAUUCUCAUCGCCAUCGCUCUCAUCAAAGAAGCCAGCAAAGCCAUCGGUCACGUGAUGUGUUCCCUCUUCUACCCUCUCUUCACCUUCCUCCUCCUGGCCAUCGUCAUCGCCUACUGGGCCGUCACCGCCGUGUUCUUGUCCACCUCAAACGAGCCGAUCUACAAAGUCUUCAACGACUCCCUGUGUGAACACUCCAGGAAAGUUUGUGAGCCGGCGAACUACUCCACCAGUUCCAUGAGAGCAGAGUGCCCUGACUCCGAGUGUCUGUUCGCCUUCUACGGCGGAGAAACCAUUUACCACAAGUACCUGAUCGCUCUGCAGUUCUACAACGUCUUCCUCUUCUUCUGGUGCGCAAACUUCGUCAUCGGUCUGGGCCAGAUGGCCCUGGCCGGAGCCUUCGCCUCCUACUACUGGGCCUUCGUCAAACCAGACGACAUGCCUUCCUUCCCUGUGUUUUCUGGCCUGGGGAGGGCGCUGCGGUACCACACAGGAACCUUAGCCUUCGGUUCCCUCAUCCUGUCCCUGGUCCAGAUCAUCAGGGUCUUGUUGGAGUAUCUGGACCACAAACUGAAAGGAGCUCAUAACAAAUGCACCAGGUUCCUGCUGUGCUGCCUCAAGUGCUGCUUCUGGUGUUUGGAGAAGUUCAUCAAGUUCCUCAACAGGAACGCCUACAUCAUGGUGGCGAUCCAUGGUAAGAAUUUCUGCAGCUCAGCCAAAGACGCCUUCUUCCUCCUGAUGAGGAACAUGAUCAGGGUGGCCGUCCUGGAUAAAGUGACAGACUUUCUGUUAUUUUUGGGUAAACUGCUGGUCGUAGGACUGGUCGGUGUCUUUGCCUUUUUCUUCUUCUCUGGGCGGGUGAAGGCCUUCGAGGACACGGCCCCCCACCUCCACUACUACUGGGUUCCCAUCCUGACGGUGGUGAUUGGUUCGUAUCUCAUCGCUAACGGAUUCUUCAGCGUCUACGCCAUGUGUGUGGACACUCUCUUCCUCUGUUUCUUGGAGGAUCUGGAGAGGAACGACGGCAGCGCCGAGCGGCCGUACCUGAUGCCCGAGAACCUCCGGAAAAUCCUCAACAAGAAGAACAAAUCCCAGGCGGCCCAGUAGAACCAGAACCCUUCACAGAUCCAGGAGUUCCUCCAGGAGACAAUCAGAACAGAAGUGCCUUUUUAGAUGUCAUAACUUCAGUUGUUGUUCAUGUGUUUCCUCACUAGGAGGCAGCACUGAGCUUCACCGAUUUUAAAGCCUGAUGUAAAUGUUUUUGUUUUGUUUUUUACCAGAGGAAACAGAUGUUUAUUAUGAGUGUGGUUUUAUUUUUAUCUCGUCGUUGGUUUGAAAAAUGUCAUUUAUUAAAAUAUAAAACCUUGUUUUUUUUAUCUCCAUGUAUGAGUUUGUUUUUGAGUUUGAAUAAAUAUUUAACCUUGUUGUUAACGAAGCCAUUCUUUCUGUCGACUGUUCUCCGGUCAGAUUAUAUGAAAACAAAGUGUUUGAUGAGCAGGUCGGACAUUUUUGUCGUUUUGACUUUAAAAUUAAACAUAGUUUUGUACAAAU